CUGAAUGACACAAAUGCCCCAAGUUCACUGAGCCUUGAGCUGUUCAACAAACCUGCAGGGUGAUUUUCUUAGUAUCUUGACUCUGAAAGGAAUAUAGGUGUUGAACCGCUUUCAGGGAACCUUCUCUCCUCCACUGGUUUAUUUAUGAGAGACUGACGGCCAGACUGAGAACAGUGCGCGUCUUUGUGUUCAGCAGAGCUGCGGUCUGAACUCUCAUGAGACUCAACGAACAUAUUUCGCAUUUGGAAAAUCAUUUUUUUCGGCUUCUUCGGUUGCGCUGUCCGUAAGAUGUAGAGUUUUUCUCCUCGAAAUUUUAUUUAGUAAUUAUUUUGUUUAUGACGGAGCGAUUCCGUAGGGUGGACUUUAUUUGACGGCUAUAACUGAAUGAAGACCGCGAGAGAAUCUCAUAUUUAUUCCUACAAAUAAGAAAGACCAAAAUGUUUAGCCUUCCCACGUUGCCGGUUAUAAUGUUGCUUGCCCUGGAGUUCCAUACGGUGCAGUCAGGUAAAUGCCCAAAGUUCUGCAUCUGUGACAACAUCCAGCUCACGGUUGCCUGUGUCAACAAGAAUCUCACUGAGGUGCCGCCUACCAUCGACGAGAUAACAGUGAAACUCGACCUGAGAGGAAAUGACAUGCAGGAGCUUCCUACAGGGGCGUUCACGCACACCCCUUACCUCACCCACCUGUCGCUGCAAAACAGCAACAUCCGAAGGGUGCGGGAAGGAGCUUUCCGCAGACUCGGCCGGCUGGUGUUACUCAACCUGGCCAACAACAAGAUUGAGAUCCUGUACCAGGAGUCAUUUGAUGGGCUUUCAUCACUGAAGCAGCUAAUUAUUGACCGAAACAGAGUGGAGGAGAUCCAGCCUGGAGCUUUUUCACAACUUGGCGUUCUCAACCUGCUCUCCCUCACACACAACCAAUUGGUGUACAUACCUAACAUGGCAUUCCAGGGUUUGCAGAACAUCAAAUGGCUACGUCUCAGUCACAAUUCCCUCAAUUAUCUGGCCAUGGAGGCAUUUGCUGGCCUCUUCACUCUUACACGUUUGAGCCUGGAUAACAAUGAACUGCAGUUUUUUCCAACUGAGACAAUGACAAGACUUCCAGAAGUAACUCGCUUAGAGCUAAGCUACAACCCCAUGACCUACCUUGGAGAGGAGUCUGUAUCUAUGCCCAAACUCACUCACCUCUUCCUGGAUCAUAACUCCCUGCAGGAUUUUUCAAACGCAGCCAUCCUGCUUUCUCCUCGUCUCGCUCAUCUGGACCUAAGCCAUAACCAGCUGCGCGUCCUGCAGCCAAUGGCCCCCGGCUCUCCCAAACUGACUCGCCUCAAUCUGGCAGGCAACCCCAUCUACUGCAGCUGCUACAUGCGGCCUCUGCGUGAGUGGGCAAUACGGGAGCGUGUUCGAUUGGGUGGUACGUGUGGAGGUCCUGCACAUCUGUCCGGUGAGAAUCUGGAGGCAGUACAGCCUGUUGAUUUGCGCUGUCAGAGCCAGGAGGCCAUGCUGAAGGCUGAGCUGGAGGAGCUGAGCAGACUGCCCACACUGCCCACAACACCACCCCCAGAUAAAGUCAAAUGCCCAGCCAACUGUCAGUGUGAGGCUGAGAACCACCACUCAUCUUGUGAAAACAAAGGCCUCACCAAGAUCCCUCGUGGUUUUUCACCAGACACGCGCUUGUUGGACUUGCGGGGGAACCAUUUCCACUACAUCCCUGCAAACAGUUUCCCAGGCACUGCGGAAGUGGUUUCACUUCACUUGCAGCGCUGCAAGAUCCAUGAGGUAGAAGAUCAGGCCUUCAACGGUAUGAAGAGUCUGGUCUACCUCUACCUCUCAGAAAAUGACCUCACUUCAUUGAGUCCUGAGGCAUUCAAGGGGUUGCCCCAUCUUACAUACCUCCAUCUGGAGAAGAAUCGUUUCACCCAGUUUCCCAAAGGAGCAUUCAAGCUGUUACCUGGUCUGCUGGCUCUGCACAUGGAGAACAAUGCCAUUGCUAAACUAGAAGCAGGGCUCCUGACAGGCGCUGAGAAACUGAGGGGCCUCUAUCUCACUUCCAACGCCAUCACAGCGGUUGCUCCCAGGGCCUUUGAUCCUGCACCUGACUUGGAUACUCUUCAUCUAGGCAGCAACAAACUGAAGGAGGUUCCAAGUGAGGCCCUUUCUAAAGCCAGCAGCCUAGCAGAGCUUAAUCUCUCUCGCAACCCUAUUCGCUGGAUCGGAGCAGGGGUUUUUCAGCCAGUUGCUGCCACUCUUAAACAUCUUUACCUUAAUCAUAUGGGUUUAGAAAAGGUCUCUAAAGAUUCUCUAGCAGGACUAGGGUCUGGUCUGAGGAGUCUGUUUCUUGAAGGAAACCAACUUGAGGAGCUGCCGGACUUGAGGCCACUCACUGGACUCGAAGUCAUAAACUUGGCUGAGAAUCCACUGGUCUGCGAUUGUCCACUGUUGCCACUUCGCAAGUGGAUCGACCAGGUGAAUCUGAAGGUCAGAGCCACCUGUGGCCACCCACCAGAACUCAAAGGUCAAAGGGUCAAGGACAUCCAUGUUUUUAAAAGCUGCCCAGGGGAAAAGCCGCCUCCUGCUCAGCACCCAAAACCAACCAAGGCCACAAAGACUGAAUCUGCUCUAAUCAGCCCUCCAAAAGUCAUCAAGAUAGUUAAAGCCAAAGGCAAACCACACAAAAGUGCAAAACCUAAUACAAUGCAGAAAAGUGCCACUAAGAAAAGGAAGGCGGUGUGAUUCUGCUAUAUUUACAUCACUAUAACUGAUGUAGAAUACAAUAUGUUAUUGUAUGUAGAAUAAAUUAAAAAUGAUACACUUUAGUAAUAUACCUUGUAAUCACAGAGAAUUUGAUGAUUUUUGUUACACCAGUUGAGGUCAA